AUGGAGGUUGCUAGAACAAAACGAGGCAUUUCAAUUUGUCAAAUGAAGUAUGCUUUAGAAUUGUUAGAUGGUGUUGGUUUACUUGGUUCUAAACCAGUAAACUUUCCUAUGGAUACUCAUUCUAAACUCAGCAAGGAUGAUGGAGAAUUAUUGCAAGAUGGUACAAGCUAUGGAAGACUUAUUGGCAAGCUGUUAUACCUUACAACACAAGACAGACCAGAUAUCACUUUUUCUGUUCAUCACUCAAGCCAGUUUCUAGAUCAACCUCAAGUACCACACAUGCAAGCUGCUUUAAGAGUUUUGAAAUACAUCAAAAAGGCUCCAGGCCAGGAACUUUUUUUCUCAGCAUCCUCUUCCAUUCACAUAAAGGCAUUUGCAGAUUUAGAUUGGGCAAGCUGCCCUGACCCAAGAAGAUCAGUUUCUGGUUUUUGUGUGUUUAUUGGAGACUCACUUGUCUCUUGA